AUGUCAAAACGUAUAUAUGUGAGUGGCUGGGAUAAGCACAAAAAAAAAAUGAAACAACAGAACGAAAACAAUAUUGCAGCAAAUGUUAUGAAAUCGUGGAUUAAAAAAUCAGUUGUAUCCAACACUUCAGAUGCUGUUGAAAAUGAUCCACAAAAUGAAAUUAUAAAAGAGAAUGAUAGUUCAGAAGUUGUAUCCAACACUUCAGAUGCUGUUGAAAAUGAUCCACAAAAUGAAAUUAUAAAAGAGACUGAUAGUUCGGAAGAUUUUGGAGGCCUAAAUUUAACUUUGAAGUAUCCAACUGAUCGUGGACAUUUUGAAGGUGAAGUAUGCACAUCAUUAAAAAAGAGUAUUUUGUUAUUCGGACAAUGCAAACCAUCAAUCAAAUUUCCUAGGAACCAUGUUAAUAGAUGUUUUUCUACUGGUUAUUACUAUAUAACAACUAAAACAGGUAUCAAAAUUCCACGGCAAUGGUUAUGUUAUUCUUUAAUAUUAGAUAAAGCAUAUUGUGAGUUUUGUUGGCUUUUUGCUAUCCGGCAAUAUGAGCAUUUUAAAUAUGAAUGGAUUUCUGGCGUUGACGACUGGCAACAUUUAUCACAACAAAUUUCUAAACAUGAAAAUUCUAUUCAACAUAUAAAUGCAACAGAAAUUAGAAGAUAUUGGGAAAAAAAUAAAACAUUAGAUACAGAUUUAGAGAAACAAAUAUCUGAAGAAGCAGAGUAUUGGAGGAAUGUUCUUCGUCGAGUUAUUCAUGUAAUUUUAACUCUUACAUCUGGUAAUACUGCCCUCCGAGGAAACGAAGGGAAGAAAGGUAAUCUUCAAGAAAUUGAAGGUAACUUUAUGCGUACUAUUAGAUUACUUGCAACAUUUGAUCCUUUUGUUCAUAAUUUAUUAAAUGAUUCAAAAAAACAUGUAAAAUACUUAAGUUGGAAAAUUCAAGACGAGCUUAUAGAAAUUUUAGCAUCAGAUGUACGUAAUAGUAUAUGUGAUGAGGUUAAAAAGUGUUCUUGGUUUUCAAUUAUGCUUGAUUCUACCCAAGAUAUAACUAAAAUUGAUCAAGGUUAUGACGGCGCUUCUGUAAUGAGUGGUGCCCAUUUCGGAGUACAAAAACGAAUUAUUAAUAUUGUGCCUACAGCUCUUUACGUCCAUUGUUGUGCACAUAAUUUAAACCUAGUAAUUUCUGAUGCUGCUAAAACUUCACAAAAGAUUGUUUCAUUUUUUAGUAUAGUGCAAGAUGUUUUUAAUUUCUUUGGGUCUAGUGCACCAAGGUGGGCAUUAUUAGCUCUUGGUGAUGAACAAGCAUGUAAAGUUUCUAAGAAAACAUUAAAAAAAGUAUGCCCAACAAGAUGGGAAGCAAGGCAUGAUGCAGUAUUCAGUUUACAAGAGAGGUUCAUAGAUGUUGUUAAGUGCUUAACUAAAAUAUCAUUAACUACCAAGAAAACAGAUGAAAGAAACUCAAGAGUUAAUCAUUCCAUUGAGAUGGCUUCUACACUUAUGAAUCAAUCAAUUACUCAAAUCAAUGAAUUAAGGAACAAUUAUGAUGGGAUAUUAAGUAAAUCAAAAGAAUUAUGUGCUAAAUGGAACAUAACAGUGCUAUUCCAUUUAGUACGUAAACAAUUUGCAAAUAAAAGGUUUGAUGAUUUUGAUGGUGACUUUCGACUUGAUAUUAAUGAAGAAAAUUUUAAAAUAAAAGUAUUUUUACCUGUGUUGGAUACUAUACUGUUUCAAUUACAUAGUCGAUUUGAAGGAAUGGUUACUAUAGUAAAUAAUUUUAAAUUACUAUCGCCAUUAACCAUUAUUGAACAAAAUGAAGAUUAUAUUAUAGAAUCAUCAUAUGAUUUUAUAAAUUCGUAUACAGAAGAUGUUUCAUGUGAUCUUACAAGACAAUUAUUAUGUCUUAAGUUACAUAUUACAAAAAUUGAUAAAACUAUUGUAUCGGAACUUAAGACCAUACAGAAUUUGGCUUUUUAUAUAAUUGAUAUGGAUUUAUCAACAAGUUUUCCUGAUGUUUUAGCUGCAUGUCUUAUAUUUUUAACCAUUCCUGUUACGGUAGCAUCUGCAGAAAGGAGUUUUUCUAAGCUUAAAUUAAUUAAAAAUUAUUUGCGCAAUUCCAUAGGUCAAGAACGGCUAUGUGGAAUUUCUAUACUAAACAUAGAAAGAAAAAGAACUUCAGAUAUAGAUAUAGAGAAAAUAAUUGACAACUUCGCAUAUGCAAAAGCGAGAAAAAAACAAUUCUUUUAA